AAUGUAACAUGAGCAAAGCCGGAAAUUUUUCGCUCGACUUUUUCCUCUCAACACUCCUGCAGAGCCGAGAGUUCCAGAGUUUGCCACACAAAGACUGGCAACUGAUUUCAGUCUUAGUUCCAGGCACAACUCCUGCAGAAUGCGAAUCACGAUUCAAUGAACUGAAUCAAGAGUUGAAAUUAGCCUCAGACUUGAAGCUAGAGAAUCAAGUCAAUGAGUCUAGAAAUGCAACUGAAAAUGUGAUUUCAAUUCCCAGUUCAAGGAAUGCGACAUCCGCGUCUUCGGCAAGCAGUGCCGGAACGAUAUCGGCGCACCCCGCAGCUGACGAGAGUGCGAGCUCUAAACCAUCUUCUCGCGAGUCACAUUCCAAGCCUAGUGACAAGAAGUCCAACUCUAAAUUCAGAACAGUUGGCGGCUCUUCUUCAGCCGGUGCUUCUGUGAUGGGUAGUGCGAACAUGGUGAUACACGUGUGUGAUGAGGCGAAGAGUAUCAAGCAGGAUUUUCACUGCCCGAGGAAUCUUCUGGUCAAAGAGAUGAAGUACUUUGCGGAGUAUCUAUCCGUAGAGACUAACAGAUGCGAAGACGUUGACAUCUCAGUACACUGCGACGUGCAAAUAUUCGACUGGCUAAUGCGCUAUGUGAAACGAGAGGGACCCAAGACAACCCCGAAACUGGAACCAAACAAUGCAGUCUCAAUCCUAAUUUCGUCAGAUUUCCUCAAAAUGGACUCUUUAGUGCAAGAAUGUAUAGAUUACUGUGCCGACAAUCUCGAAGACAUAGUUGCGACUCCUUGCAACAUGAAUUGCAUCCAAGAUCGAUUACUAACUACUCUUUGUAAUAAGUUUAAUCAUAACCAACUGGAGGCUUUGAAAGACAAAAAAGACAAGAUUCGAAGUAAACUAUUCGCGAAGAAAAUUGAACAGCUGUUUGAUUCAAGAACAGAAUACUCCGAUGCACAGUACAGUGCAUCGACAAUGUAUAAGUGUCAGUACUGUCUGAAGCUGUUGAUUCAUCCGAUACAGAGUUUGAUUCCCUGCCUGGCCAGUAGGAUGUUUGUGAACAAUAGAGGAGCAAUCAUGUACAAACAUGCGAGGGAUAUCUCGUGGGAUGUGAAUGAAUAUUUGAUAUCACUCAUUCGGGAGCUGAAGAGUUGGCGCAAUGUGUACUGGCAGGUGUGGGGUGUGGUGAACUGUCUGUACUGCAGCAAGUGCCACACCCACUUCCAAGUGAGACUCCUGGCCAACUGUCUAUUCCACACCUCACGCAUGCACACCACUCCACAAUCCACCACAACCACAGGCGACAUUGUAGAUGGUACGUUUGCAUGUUGUGGUCAGAAGUGUCCCCUAUUUAACCCCCUCUCUACUCCUGCGCUUCCAUCUGUGGCUGGGUGUUGUGUGAGAGACCACGUGAUAGACUCCACGGCUAGAGACACCCACCCCAAGAUGAUUCAGGAUCUGCUGCGGAUGAGGAAUGAAGUCUGUGUCCCAGCUGCACCUGUGUCCAAGUCGAAACAACAGGAAGUGAUUGUGAAUGUGUUCGCGAAUGAGAAGCUGCUUCUGCCGAAAGAGGACUUGUCCCUGUUUGACAAAUACAGCAACACUGCUCACACUCCCCCCACCCAAGGGGGACCCAAUGGAGGAGCACAGGACUUCUGCAUGCAUGACAUGAUGAUGCACCCUUCGACUGAUUCCGAAUCGGACAACGACGACGGAAGUCUAAGCGGCGUGAGUGAUGAUGAUGACACGAGCACUAGUAGUACUAACCAGCAGCAGCAGAGUGGAAGCAAAGGCAGGGCUUCGAGGUUCGCAACCAACAAUGCCAGUGGCGGAGGGGCAGGGGCAGGUGAUGAUGGGUCGGGUCAGAAAAGAUCGACGAGUAAGAAGAGAAGGGAUCUGAGCAAGGGCAGAGGGGGUGGAUCAGGAAGUGCAGGAGGAGGAGGGGGAGUAGUGCCUUCUGCAGGGGGAACUCGCAAGUGGGACCAGAACAGAUCCCACAGAUGGAAUCAGGAUGUGCAACGCAAUGAGGACCUCCGCCGCUUCACCGAAAUAACUCAGCAGCUGGCCAAACUCAGAGUGCAUACUAACUCGGACAAGAAAGACCUCAACCCCCCACCUGGGGGGUAUUUCGCCAGACUGGACUGGCUGUUCCGCCAGGCGGUGGCCAACAGCGCCAAACAGUCGGCAACUAGCGGGAUGUCGGGAGGAAGUGGCUCUGGCUCACAGGGGUACAGUAAAGUGAAAGGAAAGAUGGGACAACCUGGAAGUGGGGGGAAGUCAUAUUAGAGUAGUUUAGAAUACUCUAGAACAUUCUCAGAUUAGGUUUUGUAGAAUGUUCUCGAAUGAGUCAUUAAAAAUCUUCAUUUUGCAGAAAAACAAAAUUUCGCGUCUGGUGCUUUCUCUUGAAUUAAUCUGAAGGCAAAAUUAGUAUACAUAUUUUUUUUCCAUCCGUGAAUUAGUUUUUACUAUUUUAGUUGUAUUUUCAUCGCAUUUGUAGAUAUGUUGUAUAUUUAUUGUAAAAAGAUGUUCAUUGUAAAUAAAUAAUUAUCCAUUAGUUAAUCAGAUCGUACAA